UAAUGCAAUAGCAAUAAUAGUAAGAGAUGUUGAAGAAUUUAACUAAUUAAUAAGUUGUAUAAUACAACAAAAUGAGACAGGAUUAUGCUGAAAUAUUCAGAGUCUAUCUUGAUAUUGAAGAUGAAAGAAAGGAACAUACAUUAGUUUUGGAUGCAGUCAAAAAUAUUGAUCCAAAGAGAAGGUGAAUUAUUCUAUCUAUUAUAGAUGUUGGAGAUUGAUUGGUGGAGUUCUUGUAGAAAGAUAAUUGGAAGAUGUUUUGAAAUCUUUAAAGGAAAGUUUAGAAUUACUUGAAAAGACAGGAUAAAAUUACAACACUGCUAUGAAACAAAAGUAUGCAGAUUAUAUUUGAGAUUAUUUUAGAGAAAAAGAAUUACUUGAUUUUGAAUUAGCUAACAAUUUGAGACCAUAAUAAAAUCAACAAUAACAAUAACAACCUGUUGCAUCAUCCAAAACAUAAGGAGUUUUAACUUGAA